AUGCGGGACUUCGUGUUAGUGUUUUUGUUGGUGUACAGUGCCGUGGAGCCAGUUUUGGGCAGCCAUGGCACGAUUGACGACUGGAUCAGACUUACCGAUUCUCUCUUCUCAAAUUACACAAGUGAAGUCCGUCCGGCGUACAACUUCAGCGAAACUGUAACAGUUGACGCGUGGAUGUUUCUACUCUCCAUAUUGGACUUCGAUGAAGUGGCAGGUGUUAUCACAAUGAGCGCUGGAAUGGGAAUCACGUGGACAGACUAUCGUUUGAAAUGGACGCCGUCUGACUACAACGGUAUGGAAGAGAUUCUCAUUAAUUCAUCUCGAGUCUGGAAGCCCAAACUAUACAUGAUCACGUCUGCUGACGAUUUGGAACAAUUUGGAGCAGAGGAGUUUGAUGUUCGUGUGAACUACAACGGAACGUGUUCGGUCUUCCCCGGAAAACUUUUGAAGUCUAGUUGCUCUGUCGAUAUGACACGGUUCCCUGUCGACUCACAAAUCUGUGAGAUGUUAAUGUUAUUAUGGGGUGUAUUCCCGAACGAGGUAAAACUAAUCUACACAUCGAAAGAAAUUGUUUUAGCAUAUUAUUCCGUCAAUGGUGAAUGGGAAAUUGAUCAGACUUCUGUCUAUCAGUACAUGGGGUUUGGGUCACCGUCCCAAACCGUUGCCUUUACACUUCACAUGACCCGAAGAUCAAUGUACUUCAUCAUAUCAAUGACAAUCCCCGUGCUGUUGUUAUGCUUCCUUAACCCGUUCGUGUUUCUCCUGCCGGCUUCUUCAGGGGAGAGAAUAUCCUACACCAUCACUAUGUUUCUCUCCCUGGCUGUCUACAUGACACUGAUAGGAGACAACCUGCCUAAGGUGUCAGAAAACAUGGCUGGGAUGUCCUAUUUCUUGCUAAUAGCAUUGAUAUACAGCAGUUUGCUCAUUUUACUGACAAUAUUUACACUUAGAUGUGAAGCCGUUUCCGAUGUCACGAAAUUUCCUCUGUGGUUAAGACGGUUGACGCGCUGUUUCAAGCGAAAAAAGAACAAAGUUACUUACAACAAGUCCGGGAAUGCUCAAGAUAUGAAUGACAAUGACCAGAAGGAAGGUGCGAGCAACACAAACGAGGAUUCACUCGUGUCCAAAAGUGACGUCAUGACUUUAAUCGACGUAUCAUUGUUUUUAAUCUCGUUUAUAAUGAUACUGAUUGCCGCAAUCUGGUUUCUUGCGCGAUACUAUGGUUGA